UCUUGUGCAACAAUCCUAAAACCCUACCCAAUCCCUCGCGAUCUCCUAAAACCCUAGUCGCGGAGUUCGACAGCCUCACGCUUUCCUCCGCCAAAAUCUCAGAAAUCGGAACAAAGCCAAAGUAAAGACCAAAGAGAUUACGAAAAUGAUCGGAGCCUCAAGGCGAUCCAUCUCCUCCGUUGCUCGAUCCACGAGAUGCUUCGCUCCUUCGAUCUCCACGUCGUCGUCUCAAAUCCCCGAUUCUCGCUCGAUUAAUGGGACUGAAUCGGCCCAAGGCCCCAGGUUUUCUGCACGAUGGUUCUCUCUAUUGACUGCACCCAAUAGUAACCGUGCAGCAAAUCCGAAGAUCAGAAGCAGUCUUUUAAUCAGCAACCGAUUUGAUUCGACUGCUGCGGCCGUCGGUUCAUCGGAUCCCCCGGUUGAGAAAUUCGAGUACCAAGCUGAGGUUAGUCGUUUGAUGGACCUCAUCGUCCACAGCUUAUAUAGCAACAAGGAAGUGUUUCUUCGUGAAUUGGUUAGCAACGCUAGUGAUGCGCUCGACAAACUUCGGUUUUUGGGUGUUACUCAGCCUGAACUUUUGAAGGAUGCUGCUGAUCUUGACAUUCGUAUCCAGACUGACAAGGAUAAUGGGAUAAUUACAAUUACAGAUACGGGGAUUGGUAUGACCAGAGAAGAGCUGGUCAAUUGCCUUGGGACCAUUGCAGAGAGUGGAACUGCGAAGUUCUUAAAGGCUGUAAAGGAGAACCAGGAAGCUGGUGGAGACAGCAAUUUAAUUGGGCAAUUUGGUGUUGGGUUCUAUUCAGCAUUCCUUGUAUCUGAUAAGGUUAUUGUUUCAACAAAGAGCCCAAAAUCAGAUAAACAAUUUGUGUGGGAGGCUGAAGCAAAUGCCAACUCCUACACUGUACGUGAGGAAACUGAUCCUGAAAAGCUACUUCCGAGAGGAACUCGUCUUACAUUGUACCUAAAGCGUGACGACAAGGGUUUUGCUAACCCUGAGAAGAUUGAAAAUCUUGUGAAAAAUUACUCACAGUUUGUGUCAUUUCCUAUUUAUACAUGGAAAGAGAAGGGAUUUACCAAAGAGGUUGAGGUUGAUGAUGAUUCAUCAAAAAGUGAUUCAUCACAAAAUGAGGGGGGAGAAGACACCAGUGUUGAGAAAAAGAAGAAGACUAAAAAAGUAAUUGAGAAAUAUUGGGAAUGGGACCUAGCUAAUGAGACACAACCUAUUUGGCUUCGCAAUCCUAAAGAUGUCACCACAGCGGAAUACAAUGACUUCUAUAGGAAGACUUUUAAUGAAUACUUGGAUCCUUUGGCAUCUUCACAUUUCACUACUGAGGGGGAGGUUGAAUUCAGAUCUGUCCUGUUUGUUCCUGCGACUAGGAAGGAUGAUUUAAUCAAAGAAAAAACAAAGAACAUAAGGCUAUAUGUCAAGCGUGUGUUCAUAUCUGAUGACUUUGACGGGGAAUUGUUCCCGAGAUAUCUGAGCUUUGUGAAAGGAGUUGUGGAUUCAAAUGACCUUCCUCUGAAUGUUUCACGAGAGAUUCUUCAAGAAAGUCGUAUUGUACGCAUUAUGAGAAAACGAUUAGUUCGCAAGGCGUUUGAUAUGAUAUUGGGCAUCUCUCUCAGCGAGAACAGAGAUGAUUAUGAUAGAUUCUGGGAGAACUUUGGGAAAUUCUUAAAAUUAGGCUGCAUUGAAGAUAAGUCAAACCACAAACGCCUUGCACCAUUGCUUCGCUUUUUCUCUUCUCACAGUGAGAAUGAAUUUAUUGGCUUAGACGAAUAUGUGGAAAGCAUGAAGCCAGACCAGAAGGCUAUUUACUACAUUGCAGCAGACAGCAUCACGAGUGCGAAAAAUACACCUUUCCUCGAGAGGCUUGUUCAGAAGGAUUAUGAGGUGCUGUUUUUGGUUGAUCCCAUGGAUGAGGUUGCUAUCAAUAGUCUGGAGUCCUACAAGGAAAAGAAAUUUGCAGAUAUCAGCAAGGAAGAUUUGGAUUUAGGUGAUAAGAAUGAGGAGAAGGAGAAAGAGAUUAAGCAAGAAUUUGGUCAGACAAUUGACUGGAUAAAGAACAGACUAGGUGAUAAGGUUGCUAGCGUUCAAAUUUCCAACCGUCUUAGUACUUCACCAUGUGUCCUCGUCUCUGGGAAGUUUGGAUGGUCAGCCAACAUGGAGAGGUUGAUGAAGGCCCAAACACAUGGGGAACCAUCUAGCUUGGAGUUCAUGAAGGGAAGGAGAGUAUUCGAAAUUAAUCCAGAGCAUCCAAUCAUUAAAGAAUUAAAUGUUGCAAGUAGGACGAAUCCUGACAAUCUCGAGGCUUUGAAGGCUAUUGAUAUUCUCUAUGACACGGCUUUGAUUUCCAGUGGCUUCACUCCUGAUAAUGCCAGGGAGUUGGGCGGCAAAAUUUAUGAGAUGAUGAGCGUGGCUUACUCGGGCAAAUGGAGAGCUCCAUCCGCCGAGGUGCAUCCUGACCCCCCAAGAACUCUAGAGACAAUUGAAGCCGAAGUUGUUGAGCCUCCGAGAACUCCAGAAACAGUUGAACCCGAAGCUGUGGAGCCAACUGACGUUAGGGGCCAGAAAUAAAUUGCCCCUACUAACUAAAAUCUUUUCUGAUGGUUACUGUCGCUGAGAGCAUUUUUUUUACUGUUACCUAGAGUUGAUUAGAGUCUAGGAUAGAAUACGAGCUCUUUGGUGUUAUAAUCAUUUGGAUCUCAGUUUGGCUCGAUAUUGAGAGCGUAAGCCCAUAACUUUUCUUUCCAUCGGCUUGUGGUUAAUAAGAACUUCGAACUGGUCUCAUAUAGUAUUUGUUAUAAGUUAAUGAGAAAUGCUAAUUAACACAUUUGCACCAAUCUAAUUUAGGAUCUGCCCUCGGUUGAGUAUGAGAGAAUGCUUUGCUUAUUUUUCUGGUCGAGUGGCCAAAAUCUUUUUUCAAGUUAAUUUCUCUUUUGUGUUGAUGGGAUCUGUCAACUGGACAUUAUGAUGUGUGGUUGUAAAAGUCUUCAACUCUGAUGAUCUGUGGAGGUCA